AUGUCGAAGUCAAUUGUCAAGAAAGCAUUGGAAAUUAUUGAUGAUGAUGAUGCAGAUAUAAAAUCCAAAGCUAAAUCCAAAUCUAAAUUGAUUUCAAUUAAAAAGAAGAAAAAGAAAAUUGCAUUAACUCAUAAUGAACAAUCAGCAUUUCAAGAUAGAAAACAAUUGGCACGAACAUGUUUAACAUUGAAAAAAAUGUCGACACCAGUUGUAUCAUCGGAUCAAAUCGAACAAUUCAAUAAUUAUCGUUUUGGUGGUCCGUCUAAACGAGAUUUACAACAGAAAAAGAAAAAGGAGAAACAAGAAGAAAUAUUUACUGAAGAAGACUUUAAACGUUUUGAACGAGAAUAUAAUCCACCGUUACAAAAAUCAUAA